GCAACGCUGUGAGGCAUUGAGGAAGAAGCAGUGUAUGAAAGCAUCACUUGGGGACAUAAGUCUUUGAUCAAAGAUUUAUUUGGACUUUGCAGAUUUUUUCACCUUACUGCAGCUGUCAAGCAAACUUACAAUGCCAUUGAUUGGUUCUUCUGUCUUUAUCCUGGGUUUGGUUGUGGCUUCGGCCAUAGCAAAUGAGGACUCAACAAGCAGAUGGCCAGCCACAGUUCCAACUGAAUUUAACACCCAUAUCUUCAGCACUGAUGACAGUAACCCCAACAAUGCACCUUCCAUCAGCACCACCAACCCAAACACCGACAGCAGUAUCUCCAGUCCAACUAGCGACAUGUACAUCAAUGGCACCAGCAGCACCAUCAUGCCCUCAACAACAAAGCAGAGAGGUGGUGGCACAGCCUCCCAAAGGCCCACAAGUCUCUUGACCACACCUAAACCCAUUGUUCCUUCUAAAAGAACAUCUGCCACCAGUACCCAAGUGUCGACAACAACAGCCAAUCCCAAGCCACAACAAACAAAUGACAAUGUUGGUAUUAUCAUCCUUGUUGUGAUCAUCAUUGUAAGUGUUGGAUUUGGACUCGCUUGCCUCCUUGCACGGAGGAGAGGAAGACGCUACUCUGUUGAAUUCACCUCCAGACCAGAUGAAGCCAACAUCCCUCUCAGCACUGUGGAGCCUGUGGACCCUGCUGAUGCUGUUGCUCAAAAUGGUCUGCAAACUUUUGAAAGUCUAGAAACUACCACGAAAGAGCCACAAGAACCAGCAGCACCACCAGAAGUGCAAGAGGAGCAGAAAACUGAGGCUGAUAAAUCUGUCGUUGAUCCCACCGCCGCUGAGUCUGCAGCUCCAGCUCCAGCUCCUUCUCCAGAUAUCUCUGGCUCUGAGGACAAACCUAAAGAGGACGUUGUUGAGCAGAGUCCUCCUGCUCCAGUGCAGCCGAGCAUGGAGGAGAAAACUGAUGAUGAAGGCGCUGUCUCCAACAAGACCUCAGUGGAAUCGCUGAAGGAGACAAAUGACAACAACAGCAACAAUGCUAACUUCAUUCAGAUUACAGAUCUGGAGUCGAGCAAGAUCUUCUGGGACAUUGCCCUCGACAGUCCAGUGUGAAAUUAUUGCCUCGCUGCCCCUGUCCUGUUCCUCAAAAACUUGAUUGAAGAAAACUCGACCGAAGGACACUUCUCUUCAAACUGUGUGAGAUAUUAGUUGGCUGUUGCCUUCCUGUUGGAAAUGAAUGUGUUGUAACACAGCAGCUUUUUCCAAAUUAAAUGUCAGCUGAGCUCGGCUUUUUACUCAUUUUAUUGAUAACAGAAUUUGUGUAUAUUGAAAAGUGUGAUCAAGAGGGUUCAAGUCAAGAUUUGCUGGAUUUAUAGACUAAAGGUAAAUUUUUUUUGGUACAAUUUUGCAAUAAGGUAGACAUAAAUUUUUUUUUUAAUUAUUAAUAAUUACUGUAUUGAUGGUGAAUAUAUAAUGUAAAUAAAUGUGUUGUUAUUUUGCAAUAUAACUGUAAAUACAGGCAUUGGCAGUCUAUAUUCACGUCCCCAAGAUAUACUCAAAUGCGGGCUUGCAACCUGGUAAACUACGACAACUCUUCACACUCUACACUCAUGACAAAAUGUGUCAUAAGGUUUAAGUAUUUUCAGUAAGCAUUUGUAAAGUAUAAUAAGAAUAAUAUAUAAAUAAGUGAGACAGUAUAUGAUUGUCAGAUUUAAAUCAGUGUUCAUGUAUAAAUU